AUGAGUUGGUAUAAGAACCCAUCAGAAGAUAGUGCUAUUCAAGUAGAAGAUUCUCCUCAAAAGGAAUCUUCUUACAUUCAGGUACCUACUUCAUCACCGAUUUAUGUUAAAUCAUCACCAACCAAAUCUAAUAACGAUUUAAUGCCACCAAGCAGAACUCAAAUAAACAAUAAUGCAGAUAUUGAUGAAGAUAAAGAAAGAAAACUUGAAGCCAAAAGACAAGCUAUUAGAAACCAUAAAGAUUUUCCUAUGGUGAAGAGAAGGUUUUAUUACUUGCAAGAGAGUGAUAUUUUUAAAGGUUUUGUUAAAGGCAAAGGUAAUCUCAGAGACAUAACUCAGUGGUUAUCAGAUAACUACAAUAAGGCUGAGAUUUUAGGAAAGCAUGAAGCAGAAAUUAGAAGACAACGAGAAUUAGGACAAGAAGAAAAGAUGAAACAAGAGAAAGAGAGAUUAUUGAGAGAAUACCAACGCCAAGAAGAGAUAAACCAAAGAAGAGAACAAGAGGAGAAAGAAAAAUUAGAAAGAGAAAAUCAGAAUAUUGAUGACCAGUAUGACGAUGAAGAUCUUUCGCCUAUUAAGGUAAGAGGUAAAGCUAGAGUCAAGUCAGCAGCAGCUCUACCACCACCACAACCAAUAUUAUUAGAGUCACCAGAAAAACAUUCAUCUACAAAGGUUCAUAUAUCGAAGCCGAAGGUGUCGAUCUUGGAUAAAUAUAAAUAUAAACCAAAACAACAACCAAGUAUUGAUCAAGUGUUUAGAUCACAGGAAGAUAACCAACCUAAAAGAAGAAAGCUCGUGCGUGCGUCUACUGUCAGUAGUAGCGAUGAUUCUAAUAGGGGCUCUCCAAUGGCUGCGUCUUUUAAUUAUCAAGAUCAAUAUAUACCUAAGCUUAAGAUGACAAUAGGCGGACAGUCAUUUGAGAACAAUCAGAAUGAUACGAGGGAUGAUGGAAUUGUUGAUGAUGAUGAUUUAGAAAAGUUAGAAGAAAAGAUCAAAGCCAAUAGAAGAGCUGCCAAAGCCUCGAAAAAAGAUCAAGUCAUAGAAAUUAGUGAUAAUGAUUUAGAAGACGAUGACAUGAGCGAUGACAUGUCAGAAGAAGAUGAUGAAGAAGGAUACAAAACUGGAUUGACUACUAUCGAUUCGCAGAUUUUGGAAUUCUUGAACAAUGCGUCAACUCAAGAUAUAGUUGAAAUCAGUAACGUACCACCCAAGGUAGCCGAUUUGAUUAUUUCGAAGAGACCUUUUGAAAAUAUCUAUGCAGUUGCUGAGGACAAAUUUGAAUUACCAAGUGAACAGAAGGAAGACAAUGGCAAUGAUAAAAAGAGAAGAGCGCAAAGAAAGACCUUGGGACAAAAGAUUAUUGAAAGUACAGAAUUUAGUUUGAAAGGUUACAAAGCUGUUGACUCAUUAAUUAAAAAAUGCUCGGAAUAUGGUGAGUUAAUUUCCAAACAGAUGGAAAAGUGGGGAGUCACAAUUACUGGUGAAGGUGAGCUUGAAAUGGUUGACCUUGAGCCAACCCAGAAUGCAAUUGAAAUUGAAGACAAAGAUGAAUAUGAAGAAGAAGAUGAAGACAUUAUAGUACACCAUAAAAGUAAAAGCUUGACUUAUAUCAAAGAGAAACCAUCAUUAUUACCAGAUGAUAUCGAUUUGAAAAACUAUCAACAAGUCGGGAUUAACUGGCUUAAUCUUUUAUAUCGUAACAAUCUAUCAUGUAUUUUAGCAGAUGAGAUGGGUUUAGGUAAAACUUGUCAGGUCAUUUCUUUUAUGGCGCAUUUAAAAGAAACUGAAACCAAGAAAGGUCCUCAUUUGGUUAUUGUUCCAUCAUCAACUUUAGAAAAUUGGCUUAGAGAAUUUAAUAAGUUCUGUCCUGAUUUAAUAGUACAAGCUUACUAUGGAUCUCAGAGCGAAAGAGAAGGAUUGAGAUAUGACUUACAAGGCAGUGAUUAUGAUGUUAUGGUUACUACUUAUAAUCUAGCCACAGGAGCUGCGCCUGAUUUUAAGUUUUUAAGAAACCAGAAUUUUAACAUGAUUGUUUACGAUGAAGGUCAUAUGUUAAAAAAUUCUACUUCUGAGAGAUACAACAAGUUAAUGAGAUUGAAUGCAAAGUAUCGAUUAUUAUUGACAGGUACACCGUUACAAAAUAACUUAAAAGAGUUGGUUUCACUUUUGGCGUUCAUGUUACCAAAUCUUUUUAACGAUAAACGUGAAGAUCUUCAAGGUUUAUUCAAUCAGAAAGUUUCAACUGUUGAUUCAUCUGAAGGUAAUUACAACCCGUUAUUGUCAUUACAAGCUAUUGCUAAGGCCAAGACAAUGAUGACCCCAUUUGUGUUGAGACGUAAAAAGAUUCAGGUUUUAAAGCAUUUACCAGGAAAAAUUCAUAAGAUUGAAAAUUGUGAAUUGACUCCUACUCAAAGGGCCAUUUAUGACGAGUAUUUGAACCAAGGAAAAAGAACUAGAAUUGAAAGGGAAAGAAGGAAGAAAUUGUCAAGCAAGGAAAAUGAAAAGGCAAGAAAAAAUGCUAUCCCAUCUAGUUCAAAUGUUAUGAUGUCCUUAAGAAAGGCCUCUUUACAUCCAUUAUUAUUCAGAACAUUAUUCACGGACGAAAAAGUAGCCAAAAUGGCCAAAGCUAUCAUGAAUGAACCAGAAUAUUUUGAUGCUAAUCAGACGUACAUAUUGGAAGACAUGAAGGUCAUGGCAGAUUAUGAAUUGAAUAACUUAUGUGAGAAAUUCCCAAAGACGUUGGGCAAAUUUGUCUUGCAAGAUGAAGAUUGGCUCAAUGGUGGAAAAAUCUCAAAAUUAAUCGAGAUCUUGGACAGAAUUAUAAAUAAGAAAGAAAAAGUCUUAAUUUUUUCGUUGUUCACUCAAAUGUUGGAUAUAUUGGAAAAAGUAUUAACUAUUUCCAAUAUCAAGUUUUUGAGAUUGGACGGACAAACUAGCGUUGAUACAAGGCAAGAUUUAAUUGAUAAGUUUUAUGAUGAUGAAACAAUUCCGGUAUUUUUAUUAUCUACCAAGGCGGGAGGUUUUGGUAUCAACUUAGUUGCAGCAAAUCAUGUAAUAAUAUUUGAUCAAUCCUUCAAUCCACAUGACGACAAACAAGCCGAAGAUAGAGCUCAUAGAGUCGGCCAAACAAACGAAGUGAUCGUGACAAAAUUGAUAGCCCAAAACACAAUUGAAGAGAACAUGCUACAAUUGGCGGAAAACAAAUUACAAUUAGAUCAAUCUAUCAGUAGCAGCGAUCUUAGUGAUUCCAAAUUCGAGGAGAAAGCAGCUUCUCUCUUUGAAAAGCUCUUAUUCGAUAAUUAA